UUGUCCAGCGGAGUUAACGCUGGCUGGGUAUCACUCGCUUGCUUCCGCGGCUCAGAGUCGUCAUAGGAUUUAAUCCGGAUCGAUUACAGCACGUGCUCGGUUUGAUAUUGACAAUCUCACUUUAUGCCUAGAGCUCUUGGCGGGAAAACGCUUGGACUGGCGAUAGCAAGCCGGGUGUCGUAUGCCAGAGACCGCUCACAUAAACGCGCGGCUAGUGUAUCAUCGGUGAAUGUUAUUGAGCUCACGUACGGCGUCGGAUGAAUCAGGACUUUUUGGACAACUUACCUACCGUGUUUCCCCAAAAGGACAUUUCGAAACUUCGUUCGUCUGAGUGACAUUCUGCGGACUUUGAAUUUGACAUCAUUCUGAUCACAACAUGAGCAAGGUCUGGUCGUGACUCUAGCAGUAUUGCUCACGGAUCGAGUUGAUGGAGUCUGCACGCAGGGAGCAUUAAUCCGGAUAGGAGUAUUAGUCGGCGAUCUGUGAAUGAAACUGUCAGAAUACUGUCGUCACUGUGUGUUUGUUAUAAAUUGGAUACGUGUUAUAUUGUUUCUUCGGAACUCUUUCAUUCAACAUGGAUUUAACCAAGCUUCAGCACAUAUUAACUUUCGCUCCUACAGUGACUUACCCCCAGAAAAUCUACACGACGCCCCGGACGUGGCAUCAACAUAUCUACCACAAGACCGCUACGGCCCCUACUCCUCAUUCCAUCACCGACAUUCUUGGUCUUCCCCGGGACCGGGCCGGGGAGUCGUCGGACCGGAGCGAUGACCUCCGGUCGCCAAGGCAUCGGUUAGAUCACGAGCCACUAAAUGGAAGUCUCGCGAGUUACAGUGGGAGUGAUCGCGAUACAUCGGACGAGGGCAGCUCAACACGGUCCAGUGUUAGCCCGGUCAAUGUGGUGGACGUGACCAGGAACAACAACAACAACAACAACAACAUAGUUCCUCCAUUUACGGAGAGUGGCCGGAAGCCAGAAAAACGGCGACGAAAAGACAGCAACAGCUCAAAGGACGACCAAAAAGAUGGCGACAAGAAGAAAAAGGCCCGAACAACGUUCACUGGCCGGCAAAUAUUCGAACUCGAGAAACAAUUUGAACAAAAGAAAUAUUUAUCGUCCAGUGAAAGAGCGGAAAUGGCCAGUCUGUUGAACGUUACGGAAACACAGGUAAAAAUUUGGUUCCAAAACCGGCGGACGAAGUGGAAAAAGCAGGAGAAUAUAUCCAACGCACAGGCUGCUGAUUAUAAGCAUGGCGAUACGAAGGACACAAAGGUCACGAAAGGUCAUGACAAAGAGUCGCCGAAAGAUGGCGAACAUAUCGAUGAAGAAGCGACACCUAGCGAGCCACUCGGAAGUUUCAAAACGAUCACAGAUGACUCAAAUACUGAGAAUUCUAGCGAUAACAACAAUGACGUCAUUGAAGUUGAUCCUAACAAUCGGGAAGUAAGAUCGGGAACUCCCGACUCAGAUCACGUGACUAAUAUUUCGCGCGAAAUUCCUUUAGACGAGCAGAGAGAUGACGUGAACACUCUAAAUGAGACUUUGCCAGGUCAUUCUGAUGACGUCAUUACAGAGAACGCGAUGAUGGAAAUUUCUGCAUUUACUCCCUGUUCUGUUGCAGUGAGUUAAAACGUAUUUUGUGACUCUGAAAAAAUAGACCGUCUUUAAUUUUUUUCAUAUUGUCGUCGCCUUGCUAAGAUAAUUGCCGCCUCAUAUUUUGUUCAAAUUGAUAUCUUUACUCGAGGGAUAACUUGGGCGUAACAUUUCGGUGUCCAAUGGAUAGUACCUCCGCUCGCUCCGCUAGUUGCUGUCAUCGGCGUUAGCAGCAAACGCCAGCGUCAGUUCAAGUAAGCGUUAUCUCCAUCGGUAAAUUUCAUUAGUAAAAGUGUUAGGACUUUAAUGCCAUUGUGUAACUUGGUAACUGGGCCUCAGGAAUUAGCUUAGCAGGGUGACGUUAUAGGAUACCUAGUCACAGACAGAUGUGACGUAAGUGUCUGAGCCAAUGGGUGAUAUGAAUAAAGACUAGCAAAUGCUUUUACUUCAAUUUUGUACAGAAAGGCCUAGUGUAAAUGUACAUGGAGUUUUAGAUAAAAGCAUUUGCUGGUCUUUAUUCAUAUCACCCCUUGACUCACAUGCGUGUCUGUGCAUUUGCGACUAGGUUGAUUAUUAUUGACAAUCAUUGAAAUGUGUUACUAGUGUCCAUCACCGUUGAUUUCCACUUUGUGUUAUUGGUGAGAACGUUAUAUAGAAUCCUUGUCAGGACAAACAUUUUAUCACAGAAAUAACACAGGAACAAACAAACAACGGCCCCCUACGCUCAACACAGCCAUUUGAUCAAACCAAUCUCUGAUAGUAGGCCACAUUAUGCCUUGACAGUUUUUUUUAUUGAAAUCGUCACUUUCUUUCACAAUGAUAAAACGGCAAUUUACACUAAAAUCGGAACACUACAGUGAAAAAACGUGAGUUUGAACUGAAAUCGGAACACUACAGUCCAAUCAGAGAGCUUCAGUGCUGAAUGCCAACACCGUUCGUUCUAGAAUUUUUAAAUUUAACUUGAAUUCGAAUAUUUCUGUUGAAAUAUGUUACUGGUCAUGAAUGCACUUUCAACAUGACCGUUGUAAUGUAGUUGCAGCAAAUUGCAAAUUUGCGUGCAUGAUAACUGCACAACGGCAAUGUUUAUUUCUAACAUUUGGCACAACAAAAUACUAUGGACACGAGCGGUGUAGGAUUUAAGAAAUCACUUUCAAUAUUGUGUAUUUUGUCUAAGUGUAAGUCGAAUUAUUUUUUUGCAUUUUUUUUGCAACAUGCUUUUGAAAAUUCCUUGGGGUAAAGUUGUGUUUUUGGCCGCGCCUACAGGGUGAAUCAGAAAAAACGUUUUGCGGUUUUGUUGUUGUACGAGUCAUAAAAACAAGCGUGGUCAAUCUGGUCAUUGAUCGAGUUUGACAGCUUUCAUUGUGCAUAUUUGCGCACAGACAACUGUUUACAAUACCAAAACAAAAAUAAAAUGAAUAACAAGCCCAAUGUUGGAACAUAUUUAUACCGUAGAUCAAAAGCAAUAGUUUCAAUUGACUGUGCGUGGACUACCUGGGGAAUAUCACCCACCCCUUUUAUGAAACUUUUUUCAAGCAAAAGUCCGAAAGCCAAGCUUCUAGCGUGCAUGGCGUUUUAGUCUACCAUUAUUCAUGUACUUUCAUUGGGGACAUGUUUUAAUUGACACCAAAUGUCAAAACUUAAAUAGCCACUGUAUUCCCAAAGAAAACGCCCCUGAAUACAUUUUACGACAUCGCGAAACUAUUGAUAAAACAUGCUUCAAAAAUAUUGUCGCUAACUGUAAGAUUUCUCCAUCAUCGUACGCCGUUAUUUCCUAUCAAUUUUCAUUUCCCAUUGAUUCCAUACUUGAGUUUCCUCCGAUGGAAAUUGGAGCAUUGUGUUAAGAUAGACAUACGUCAUGUAGUUGUCAGAUGUGUCUUAGUGUUUGCACUUUAUAUGUAAAUAAUGCGAAUAAAGUUUA